AUGGGGGAUUUCGCAGCCCCCGCUGCUGCCGCGAAUGGCAGUAGUAUUUGCAUCAACAGUAGCCUGAACAGCAGCCUCGGCGGGGCCGGGAUCGGUGUGAAUAAUACUCCCAAUAGUACUCCCGCUGCUCCGAGUAGCAAUCACCCCGCUGCCGGCUGCGGCGGCGGCGGCUCCGGGGGCCCCGGCGGCGGCUCAGCGGCGGUCCCCAAGCACAGCACCGUGGUGGAGCGGCUCCGCCAGCGCAUCGAGGGCUGCCGGCGGCACCACGUCAACUGCGAGAACAGGUAUCAGCAGGCUCAGGUGGAGCAGCUGGAGCUGGAGCGCCGGGACACCGUGAGCCUCUACCAGCGGACCCUGGAGCAGAGGGCCAAGAAAUCGGGCGCCGGCACGGGCAAGCAGCAGCACCAGAGCAAACCCCAGCAAGAUGCGGAGGCUGCCUCGGCGGAGCAGAGGAACCACACGCUGAUCAUGCUCCAAGAGACUGUGAAGAGGAAGUUGGAAGGAGCCCGAUCACCACUUAAUGGAGACCAGCAGAAUGGUGCUUGCGAUGGGAGUUUUUCUCCAACGAGCAAGAGAAUACGAAAGGACAUUCCUACAGGAAUGGAAACCCUCAAUAUGCCACUGCCUUCAGCUUCUCCUCUUCACCAACUUGACCUGAAGCCUUCUUUGCCCUUGCAGAAUAGUGGGACUCACACUCCUGGGCUUCUAGAAGAUCUAAGUAAGAAUGGUAGGCUUCCAGAGAUCAAACUUCCUGUCAACGGUUGCAGUGACCUGGAGGACAGCUUCACCAUCCUGCAGAGCAAGGACCUCAAACAAGAGCCUCUAGAUGACCCUACUUGCAUAGACACAUCCGAAACGUCUCUUUCAAAUCAGAACAAGCUGUUCUCAGACAUUAACCUGAAUGAUCAGGAGUGGCAAGAAUUAAUCGAUGAGCUGGCCAACACAGUUCCUGAGGAUGACAUACAGGACCUGUUCAACGAAGACUUUGAGGAGAAGAAGGAGCCCGAAUUCUCGCAGCCGGCGACGGAGACCCCUCUCUCCCAGGAGAGUACGAGUGUGAAGAGCGACCCCUCUCACUCUCCUUUUGCACACGUCUCCAUGGGAUCUCCCCAGGCGAGGCCCUCCUCCUCCGGCCCUCCCUUUGCUACGGGCGCCACGGCCGCGAGUUUGCCUUCGGCGGCCAGCACUCCCGCAGCUCCAAACCCCGCCAGCUCACCAGCAAACUGUGCUGUCCAGUCCCCUCAGACUCCCAGCCAAGCGCACGCUCCAGGCCAAGCCCCACCCCGGCCUGGAAACGGUUAUCUCCUUAAUCCGGCAGCAGGGACCGUGGCCGGUGCCGCGGCGGGCCCCGUGGCCGUGGCCAGCUCCGACAUGUCGCCAGCGGAGCAGCUCAAGCAGAUGGCCGCGCAGCAGCAACAGAGGGCCAAACUCAUGCAACAGAAGCAGCAACAGCACCACUCAAACCAGACCUCCAGCUGGUCGCCCUUGGGGCCCCCGUCCAGCCCCUACGGAGCAGCUUUCGCUGCGGAAAAACCAAAUAGCCCAAUGAUGUACCCCCAAGCCUUUAACAACCAAAACCCCGUAGUGCCUCCCAUGGCAAACAACCUGCAGAAGACGACAAUGAAUAACUACCUCCCUCAGAACCACAUGAAUAUGAUCAAUCAGCAGCCAAAUAACUUGGGUACCAACUCCUUAAACAAACAGCACAAUAUUCUCACCUACGGCAACACUAAGCCUCUGACCCAUUUCAACGCGGACUUGAGUCAGAGGAUGACUCCCCCGAUGGCCAACCCCAACAAAAACCCGGUGAUGCCCUACAUCCAGCAGCCACCGCCGCCACCGCCGCCGCAGCAGCAGCAGCCGCCACCACCGCCGCCGCCGCAGCUCCAGGCCCCCAGGGCGCACCUGAGUGAGGAGCAGAAGCGCAUGCUUCUCAUGAAGCAGAAAGGAGUGAUGACGCAGCCCAUGGCUUACGCCGCGCUUCCAUCCCACGGUCAGGAGCAACACCCAGUUGGACUCCCCCGGACCACAGGCCCCAUGCAGUCCUCGGUGCCGCCAGGCUCGGGCGGCAUGGUGUCAGGGGCCAGUCCCGCGGGCCCCGGCUUCCUCGGCAGCCAGCCCCAGGCAGCCAUCAUGAAGCAGAUGCUCAUUGACCAGCGGGCCCAGCUGAUGGAGCAGCAGAAGCAACAGUUCCUGCGGGAGCAGAGGCAGCAGCAACAACAACAGAUUCUGGCCGAGCAGCAGCUGCAGCAAUCACAUUUACCCCGUCAGCACCUCCAGCAGCAGCGGAAUCCCUACCCUGUGCAGCAGGUCAAUCAGUUCCAAGGUUCUCCCCAGGAUAUAGCAGCCGUGAGAAGCCAAGCGGCCCUCCAGAGCAUUCGAACGUCACGGUUGAUGGCACAGAACGCAGGCAUGAUGGGAAUGGGACCCUCCCAGAACCCAGGGACGAUGGCCGCGGCAGCAGCCCAGUCAGAGAUGGGACUGGCCCCUUAUAGCAACACACCUACCAGCCAACCAGGAAUGUACAAUAUGAGCACAGGGAUGACCCAAAUGUUGCAGCACCCAAACCAAAGUGGCAUGAGCAUCACACACAACCAAGCUCAGGGGCCAAGGCAGCCCACCUCUGGGCAAGGGGUUGGGAUGGUGAGUGGUUUUGGUCAGAGCAUGCUGGUGAACUCAGCCAUUACCCAGCAGCACCAGCAGAUGAAAGGGCCGGUGAGCCAAGCCCUGCCAAGGCCCCAGGGCCCGCCAAGGCUGCAGGGCAUUAUGGGAACAGUCCAGCAGGGAACGCAGAGCUGGCCACAGAGGAGCUUACAGGGGAUGCCUGGGAGGACUAGUGGAGAAAUGGGAUCAUUCAACAAUGGCGCCAGCUACCCACUUCAGGCUGGCCAGCCGAGGCUGACCAAGCAACACUUCCCACAGGGACUGAGCCAGGUUGUGGAUGCCAACACUGGCGCCGUGCGAACCCUCAACCCAGCUGCCAUGGGUCGGCAGAUGAUGCCGCCGCUCCAGGGGCAGCAAGGCAGCGGCCAGGCCAGACCCAUGGUCAUGUCUGGCCUAAGCCAGGGCGUCCCCGGCAUGCCAGCGUUCAGCCAGCCCCCAGCGCAGCAGCAGAUGCCCAGCGGCAGCUUCGCUCCCAGCAGCCAGAGCCAGGCCUACGAGCGGAACCCUGCUCAGGACAUGCCCUACAAUUACAGCGGCGAAGCAGCCGGGGCCUCCUUCCCGGGCCUCUCGGACAGUGCGGACCUCGUGGACUCCAUCAUCAAAGGCGGGCCGGGGGACGAGUGGAUGCAGGAGCUUGAUGAGUUGUUUGGGAACCCCUAGUCAAGAGGAGCCCCGAGAGCCACAAGUCUAGUGUUGAAAGCCUAAAACGUGAAAAAGAAACAGGAUGUUGAGCCAUCCCUGUUUUUUUUUUGUUUUUUUGACCCACGUAAACUGAGCAAAACUGCAGCUGGCUGACAGUGAAAGAUCCAGGUGCCAAUCCACAGCCCCGCUGGGCCUCAUUUCACCGGAUUUUCACACAGCCCUCGAGACAACACGCCACGCGGAUCCCGGCUGCAAGAGAAGGGGACGCCGCGGAGGCCGGUGGGGAAGACGGAUCCGAAGCCCCCGUGCUUGGCAGCCCCUGUGCUCGCCGGGCGCAGGGAGCGCUGCUCCAGCCGUGCCAGACUGCUGCCCAGCGUGAGGGCUCCGCCAGCCCCGCCUGGCCCGGGCCGGAGACCGCACACCGCACACCGCAGAGCCGCGGGCCCGGGAGCGCCCCGCGGAGGCCGCUGCGUGGUUGCACGGGCCAAGAGCACAGGUCGGAAAUGCGCUGCACUCCUGCCGGAAAGAGAGGUCAGGCGUGGGGACCCGCUAGUGUGUUUGGAGGGGAGGCACGACGAACAGGAGACCACAAAGGCUCCUCCAAGCCCGUCGGCUGCCCUGUGAGGACCCUCAGGAAUUGUGGAGGCGUUGCUGUCAGCUGCCUCUCCAAGAGAGCCACGUGAGCCUGGAGAAGGGGCGCCGGCAGCCCUCUGCCGGUGACCGUGACGGUGGCGGCCGGCACUCCGGGUAGUCAGCCUGGAGCCUCGUGGGGGCCCGGUGUCAUACCGAUGCGGCUAGGCAGUUCACAUCUACUUCCGGUGGCCACAGGGUGGGGAGAGACCCCAACUGGAUGCCGUGUCUGCCAGUGUGGCCGCUUUUCCCCGCACCCCUGCCGUUGUUCUCCUUGCCUCCACCCCAUCCUGCCCUUGCUUCUCCUUACAGACUAUACGAGAAGAAAUGAAGACAAAAGUCUUUAGGGGGUCUGGGCAGAAUCGUAAUAAAGGCAAGCACUUAGACAAGGCCUGAAAUGCCAAGGCAACACUGGAGUUUUCUUUCUCUAACGUGUAGUUGAGUGAAUAUUCUCUGCCCGGAACUGAGCAGGCCCCUCUGAUGCUCCAUGGUGGGUUACUGUGACCCACACCGGAUACUUCUGCUCUACCCUGGGAGGCAUGACCCAAAGGCAUUGACCCUGCUCCCUGUGUUCUGAAACUGGCCUUGCCCUUAGUACCCCCUGACCAGAAAGACAAAUCUAAAACACUGAGAGAUGAACUGAAAUGUCAAUGGCUCCACCUGACACAUUCUGACGAUAAAAAGCAGGAAGAUACAGUUGCUUCCAUAUGGGCAAAGUCAUCCACUUCCAAAGUCCUGGUACAGUCAUUCUCUUUGUAAUUCACUCCAAUCUGCCCCAAGCGAAGUCUGUCGGAAAGGAUGACAACCUCUGCUACUUAACAUAAGGCUUGUGUCUUUUGUCCUUGCUGCUGUUCCCACCGCCCCAUUUUGGAGGCCAUGUGGCAUAAUUACUGUCCAGAGUAAGAGUGGAGCAUGCUUUUCUCCCACCACACGCUCCCUCAGCAUCCGAAAGCCUGGCUCCCUCUGUGCACCUACUCGUACCUCGCUGCAGCCAGGCUGUGGGGAGCUGGACCGGCUGCACUCACAGGGCGUUCCUGAGACAGGGGGCUGGAACGGAAAGCUGGGGGCAGAGGGCGGCGAGGCAGCAGGCAGGCAAACACUGUCAUUGGCUUGCUCGCCGUGGCCCAAGGUGGUAGAUCUACUGAGCGAGGGGCAGGAUGGAGACCAGAGGAGGCCAGGGGGCCAAGAGCCCAGGCAGGGGCUCGUCUCCUCCUAGGAAGACUUGGUGGCAGGUGACCAUGAACUCCUUGCCCAGGGAGGGACACUACCAUGGAAACUCUUGAGUAGAAACAGGUAAAAACCAAAAAAGGAAAAUAAAAAUAAAUAAGACAGAAAACAUAAUUACCUUUUUCUGAAAGGUAACAGGAAACAAAUAUAUGAGCAAUGAUGAGAAGCUGGAGGUGGCCGAUGGGAGAAGGGGGCUCCAUUACUUUUUAAUAGCUUCCUCCAAAUGCUUAGUACUGGGACCAACUAAAUAGAGAGGUAGAUUUUAAUAAGGUCGUUUUGUUUUGUUUUUGUUUUUGUUUUUACUACGGUGCUGAUGUAUAUGUAAUGUCUAAAAAAGUUAUUUGUAAAUAAGUUUUUACAAUACUGCAGAUAUCACUGGGUCUACUAUCUGUAAAAAAUAUACAUAUAAAUAUAUAUAUACUGUUUGUUUAAAAUAGAGUAUUUUUAUUUCAUUCCUUAACUCAUCAUCACAGCAGUGGUAUAUUGCACUUCAGAUGACAUCUAAUGACUAAUUUGUACUGUAUGACCUAUGGCAACUUGCUCCAUUUUAUUCAGAUUUUUCUAGUUUUCUGUUUUUACUUUGUACAUUGAGCAUUGCUUAUUUCCUUUUAAGAAAUGUACAGAACUCUGAAAUGUAGAAAUGAAGUGAUGUUGACAUACCACUUUUAAAGAAAAGAAAACAAAUAAAAGAUCAUUAUCUGAAUCGAUCCAAAGUAUAGUUUAUUUUAGGAAUGUCACUGGAUCUCCAACCUUAAUUAAACGGAUAUACUACGCCUGGGUUUUAAUUGAUUAACUGCAGUUCUUGUCUUAAAAUUUGUGAUAUCAUUAAACAUUUAUUUAACAGUGGAGAUCAAUCAUUCCCAGCCUUUCAAUUCAACCACACAACUAAAACUUUCUAAAUUUGCACCCCCAGGGAUGUAGCAAACAGAAGAGAAGAAAGUCAGCUUUGAAAAGAACAUACUGAAGUCCAUUUGUAGAUUCAGUAUUUUCAAUUUCCAACUGGCUCAUUAGAAAAUUGAUAGUAAAAUUUUCAUUAAAAAAAAAAAAGAAACCUCAAGGAAUAUAUGGAAGGAAGAGUAACACAAGGGUCUUGCCCCACUGUAGUGGACACUGUGUACACACACACACACACAAAACCCACGGACACCUCAUUUCUACCAGCCCUUGCUGCAUCUCUCUUUGAAGGGCUGCCCUGGGCCUAGGACUGGCUUGGCCUGCACCGUCCACAAACUGUUGGAAAUGAUUAGAAGUUUACAUUUCUCCAGGUCCACCCUAGUCAGUGUCCUGCUAGAGCAAGAGUGUGAGAACGCAGUCAGGUGGCCUGGACCAGCCCUGAAAUAGGAUUUAUGUUCUAGAGCUCCCCUGUGGGAUCAGGCAGAGGCUAGGACUUUGCUUGAAGUUGUCCUUACUGGGGCUUCUGGCCCUUCCCCACUCUGUUCUGAUUGCCCUCCUGGGGGACCUUCACUAAUGAAUCACACACAUGUGAAUCCACCCUUCCCCUUCUAGGAGACUUGACCUAAGACUUUCCCUCAAACUUGAAAAAGCAUAGUAAAACAACACGAUUCAAAACUAUCUGGGUUAAACAGAAAAACAGGGCACAAGCACAGAAUAAAAUCAUCCUCAAAAACCGAUCCAAAACAAAGGAGAGGUUUAAUACCUACUAACCAAGAGAAAGAAUGCACUUGACUAUGGGAGGCCGGCCCUACCCCUGGAAGACUAUGGUUCCAGACUGGCUGGCAAAUAACAACAGAGUGGAGAAAACUGUGUGACACGGGGCUUUGUCCCACCGAUAAGGGCGUAGUAUUCUACCAGAUAACAAGAAGUUGAAGAAUGAACUGAUGGGGGGCGGGGGGGAGGCUGAUAAACAGAAGUAAAAGCUUGAAGCUCUGAGAAGAGUUGAGUAUUCCUAGACCCAAGUAAUUAAAACCACACGUUUUCAUUCACACGAAAGUGUGUUGUGCACUGGAUGAAUGGCAUCCCCUUCUCCUUUGAAACGAUCUCUUAUAGGUAAUCCCAGUGCAGUAAGUGUGUGAGGGGGGAAGAGGCAGAGAAGGAACAUCUAUCGGGGAAGUCACUAAGCAUCUGUCCCAGUGAGAAAGAUGUAUUUUAUUGCUGAAAAUUAAGGAGCAUUCAGAAGCAUCAGAUGAACUAUCUGCUUGUGACCACUCUUUUCAAGGAAAACUGUGUCUGGAGACAAAGUGUGAAAAAAACGACCGGAUGUAUGUUCUUCCUUAUUAACACCGCACCCACCUCCAACCCUGCAAAGGCAGGUAGGGGAGGGGAAAUGCCUGGGAAGGGACAGGUCUACUUGUUUGUAUAAUCCGUGCUCUGUUGUUUUUUUCUUUUUUUUUCCCCUCUUCUCCUCUCUUCAGUUUUGUCCUCUAGUCUCUUUUUCAAGUUCCAGCAACAUUUGAUUCCCACUCCGGUGUCUUCUGGGCAAGCUACCACAACCUGUCUGAUUUCAUGCAACAGGUGGAAGGGAUUAUGGCAGUACCCACACAAGCGGGGCCCCAGUGUCCCUGCCGGGUCCCGGACAGCUGCUGGCCCACCACUAACACUGUGGCCUUACCAAUCCCACAGGUCCCAUAACAAGCACACAGUGCUCAAUCAAAAAAAAAAAAAAAAAAAAUGGUCACAGCUACCAAGAAUCUGAUUUUAGGUUUUAACUUCUUAGAAAUGUUUUUUAAACUUUUCAUUAUGAACAUUAUCAAACAGAAAAGUAGAACGAUGCAUAACUGCACACUAGCCUCAAUUUAGUAACUAUUAGCACUUUGCCAUAUAUGCUUUGCAUGUAUACUUUGCAGAACCAUUUCAAGUAAGUUAUCCCCAUUCAGCUACUUCACUCUUCAACCUCUCAACACGCAGCUCCGAGGAAUUAGGACAUUCUCUUCCCUAGCCACAAGAUAAUUUCACGCCUCACACAAUUAACAUUAAUUCCCUAAUAUCACCUAAUUCUCACUUCAUAUUCAGAUUGUCCCAACUGUCUCCCAAGUGUCUUCCAUAGCUGUUUUUUUCCAACCAGGAUUUGAUCAAGGAUCCAAUAUUGCCGUUUGGUUUUUAUGCCUCUUAAGGCUCUUUUAAUAUAGAAUGGUUCUCCAUCCCCUUUUUUCUUAACAUUUUUUUUGAGACAAUGAAUCUGAUUUCUAAAAAUAAAACCCAUCAACUCAUUAAUAUACAAAACAUAUACCUAUAUAACUCUCGAACAGAUCAGAAACACAUCUCUCUGGCCAGCACAUUUCCUCCUUGUAGCCAAAUUUAUAGGAAUUAAAAUAAUCAAGAGGUUGCCUUGGUGACAAUAGAAUUAGAACAAAGGAAAUCAAUUUUACAGUUCAGAUGUUUAAAGAUACAAAGCUCUGAUAUCCUGGUGUACCCAUUCUUCUUUUUCCACAUUUUUAACCAAAUGCUGUGUAUGUGUUUGUAGUUUAUCUUUUUGUUUUGUUUUGUUUUUUUAAGAUUUUAUUUAUUUAUUUGAGAGAGAGCACAAGCAGGGGCAGG